CUUCAGUCUUUUUACAGGUGGGCGCGAAAAGUUAGUGGACGGUCGCGUGCGCCUCAGGAUGAAUUCUUUAGCAUUUUAGCUCGUUUCUCUCGAAUUGCGCCGUGUUUAAUUAUAAUACUUUUCGUUAUCUGACGCCACGUUUUUAAAACUGUUUUUUAAACUUCAUCGGCGAAGAUGAGGUUUGCUGUCACAUAGUGGAAUAUCGGAUAACGCGAGUUUUGUGAUUUUGUAAAAAUAGUAAUAAUAAUAAUAAUAAUUCUGUGAGGGGAUUUUUUUUUCCUCACAAUAUACGCGCGAGCACACAAACGCGCUGGCAAAAAAAUAGCUGGCUCUCGUCUUUAAACGCGUAAAUUGUUGGGGUUUUUUCCCCUCUAACAAAAUUCAACAUGUCGUUGUUCGGCAAAAUUUUUCGUCUUCCGACUGACAAGAGGAAAGUGAAGCAGUACGAACACGUCCAUCGGAACGUGAACCCGAAUGAGGUGUGGGAGAUUGUAGGAGAGCUGGGCGAUGGAGCGUUCGGGAAAGUUUAUAAGGCCCGGAACAAAGACACGGGCGUCCUGGCUGCUGCCAAAGUGAUCGAGACGAAGAGCGAAGAGGAGCUGGAGGAUUACAUCGUAGAGAUCGACAUCUUGGCUACGUGCAACCAUCACUACAUUGUCAAGCUGCUUGACGCCUUCUUCUAUGAGCAAAAGCUAUGGAUCAUGAUCGAGUUUUGUCCUGGAGGAGCAGUAGAUGCCACCAUGUUGGAGUUGGACCGGGGUUUGACUGAGAAGCAGAUUCAGGUGAUCUGUAAGCAGAUGCUGGAGGCUCUGGUUUACCUGCACAGUAUGAAAAUCAUCCACCGAGACCUGAAGGCAGGAAACAUCCUGCUCACGCUAGACGGAGACAUCAAACUCGCUGACUUUGGUGUGUCGGCGAAAAACACCAAAACUCUGCAAAGGAGAGACACUUUCAUUGGGACGCCGUACUGGAUGGCUCCUGAGGUCGUGAUGUGUGAGACCACGAAGGACGCUCCAUACGAUUACAAAGCGGACAUCUGGUCUUUGGGAAUAACGCUGAUUGAGCUUGCUCAGAUCGAACCUCCGCACCAUGAACUCAACCCCAUGAGAGUCCUCCUGAAAAUCGCCAAGUCCGAGCCUCCGACUCUGGACCAGCCAUCUAAAUGGUCGACCGACUUCAAGGAUUUCCUGAAAAGAGCACUGGAUAAGAAUCCCGAGUCGCGCCCGUCGGCCUCCCAGCUCCUCCAGCACCCCUUCGUGAGCUCAGUGAAGACGAAUCGUCCUCUGAUGGAGCUGGUGGCUGAAGCCAAAGCUGAAGUGAUGGAGGAGAUGGAAGAGGACAGCAAUGAGGAAGCGGACGAGGAAGAGAAUCAUGACAUCACAGCUCCUCCGGGGAAAGAUCCCUCAGAAACGAGUCAGACUAGUUUAGAAGGCGACCACACGCCUCUCCCGGAGAGUCCCAUCGACGCCGAGCCGCUGAAACUGGAGAAGAAGCUCUCCAACCAGGACCGGGACAAACCUUCCAGCUCGGAUUCGGGGAUCGAGGAUGGAAAAAGCACACCAACGUCGGAGGAGGAAGGAAAAGGGGCGGAGCCUCUGGAAUACGAGUGCGAGUCGCCGUCGUCGCCGGUCCCCAUCCUCAAAAUAGCGGAGCCGGAAGAGCACGAGGAGCAAGAGGGCAGAGCCAAGGAUGAGAGCGAGACAUCGAGUCUCCCCCUGGUGGUGCGGAGCGGAAGUACGUAUGGAAAGCCUGAACAGGAAGCUGACGUUCUGCCUCACGCUCACGGGAAGUUGAACAAACGUUGCUCGGACUCGGGGAGUCAGGCUUCUGAGAAUCUCGACAUCAGCCUGGGCUCCACGGGGAAUAGAGACAGCAUCUCUGGCACUGCACGGGAUGCUCUGUUUUACAGACGCACUCUGAAGCGCACUCGUAAGUAUGUGGUGGACGGUGUGGAGGUGAGCGUCACCACAUCCAAGAUCAUCGGAGAAGAUGAGAAGAAGGACGAGGAGAUGAGAUUCCUCAGGCGACAGGAGCUGAGAGAGCUGCGUCUGAUCCAGAAGGAGGAACAUCGUGCUCUGUCUGUCCUAAACUCUAAACUGGAGACUCAGAGAGAGCUCAUGCAGAGACGCUUCGACCAGGAGAUGAACGCAAAGAAGAAGUUCUUCGACACAGAGCUAGAGAACCUGGAGAAGCAGCAGAAGCAGACGAUAGAGAAGAUGGAGCUGGAGCACGCCGUGGGUCUGCGCGAGGAGAGCAAACGAAUUCGGGCGGAGCAGGAGCGAGCGCUACACCGAUUCCAGGAGCAGAUGAAACAGCGUAAGAAGGAGGUGAAACAUGAAGUGGAGAAGUUGCCGAGGAACCAGAGGAAGGAGAGUUUAAAGAGCCGCAUGAAUGAAUUCCAGCAGACAAAAAGUUUUGAGGAGGAAAAGUUCAAAGAUGAUCAGCGUAAUUAUCUGGACUCGACUUUAAAAAGCAUCACCACUCGGAACAAGAUGGAGAUCGCUGAAACAGAGCGCCUCUGUCUCGACAAGAAACAGAGACUGAUCAGAGAGAAGGAAGGAGCGAUCUGGGAACUGGAGGAGAAAAACCUGCAUGAGAGGUGGCAGCUCCUCAAACAGCAGCUGAAGGAACAGUACUUCCUGCAGAGACACCAACUACUGAAGAAACACGAGAAGGAACAAGAGCAUAUGAACUGUUAUAACCAGCGUAUGAUUGAGCUUCUUAAAGUGCGGCAGCAGCAGGAGAGGAACAGGCUGCCGAAGAUCCAGCGGAAUGAAGGGAAAACUCGCAUGGCCAUGUUUAAGAAGAGUCUGCGCAUUAAUUCCUCAGGCAGCGCCGCAGAAGACCGCGAGAGGGUCAAGCAGUUUGCCAGGCAGGAGGAGAAGAGGCAGAAGGCGGAGCGACUGCACCAGCAACAAAAACACGAUAACCAGAUGAGAGAGAUGAUUGGGCAGUGUGACGGGAACCUCCGAGAACUCCAACAACUACAGAACGAGAAAUGUCACCUGCUGGUGGAAAACGAGACUCAGAGGCUGAAAGUGCUGGACGAGCAUCACAAUCAGCUGCUGAAGGAUUGGAGAGCGCAGCUGCAUCCCCGCAAAAAGGCUCUGGAGGACGAGCUGAACCAGAAGAAAUACGAGCAGGAGAUUUUCUUCCGGAUGAGCGAGGACUCCGAGUGUGUGAACCCCAGCUCUCCCAAUAGAUACACCAAAUUCCUGCCGUACACAGACUCCUCCACCACUUAGGACUCCGCUACUGGCCAUGAUCAGCCAAUCACGAGCCUUGUGCUCCUCUAUAGCCCUGCCCCCUAGUCCAGGUAGAUUAUUUGCUCGUACAGGGUUUGUACAUGCUUACCUUUUUUUUCUUUUCCAUGUGGUAUUAUUAAAACCUGAAUUGUUUUAUUUUUUAUUAAAUAAUGUUGAAUAAAGAGUUAUGUAUUCCUGA